UGAACUUUCUGUGGUCAGAGGUUUCCGAGGGAGCAAACAUAAUUUUCUUCCCACGAAAGCAAAUAACAAUUCUGGUAGCUUUCUUAGAGAGAACUUGAGAGCACAUCAGUCCUGCAAGAGAAGGUGAGACUGGCCAAGAAGAGAGACAAGUGAGCUUAGUUGCCUACACUCCACAGCCUCUGAUGUGAACAUGGCUGCCCUCCUAGAUAACACUCUGAGGAUUGUGCUGGUGGGGAAGACCGGCAGUGGGAAAAGUGCCACAGCAAAUACCAUCCUCGGGAGAAAAGAAUUCAAAUCUAAGGUUUCUGCCCACGCUGUCACCAAGACAUGUCAGACAGCUUCCCGGACAUGGAAGGGGAGAGAACUUCUUGUUGUUGACACCCCGGGGCUCUUUGACACCGAGGACAGCCUGAACACCACCUGCAGGGAAAUCAGCCGAUGUGUCCUCCGGUCCUGCCCCGGGCCUCACGCCAUCAUCUUGGUUCUGCCACUGGGCCGCCACACAGAUGAGGAGCAGAAAACCGUGGAAUUGAUCAAGGCUGUGUUUGGGGACUCAGCCAAGAAGUACAUGAUGAUCUUGUUCACGCGCAAAGAUGAUCUGGAGGACCAGAACCUAAGCGACUUUAUAGCAGAUGUGGAUGGGAAGCUAAAGAGCCUCAUUCAGGAGUGUGGAGACCGCUACUGUGCCUUCAGUAACAGCUGCAAAACAGCCCAGGCUGAGAAGGAGGCCCAGGUGCAGGAGCUGGUGGAGCUGAUAGAGAAAAUGGUGCAGAGCAACGACGGGACCUACUUUUCUGAUGCCAUAUACAGGGAGACAGAGGAAAGGCUGAGAAAGAAGGAAGAAGUCCUGAAGAAAAUCUAUGCUGAUCAAUUAGAAAAAGCAAUCCAAAAAGUGGAAAAGGAGUGUGUGGAGGCAUGCAAUAAGUGUAUACAGGAAAAAGAGAGAAAAAUUAAAUCACUCAGGAUGGAAUACAAUGAAAAACUAAAAAAUGUUAGGGAGGAGGCCCAAAAGAAUAUCUUUUGUCAUAUAUUUGAUGUAAUUAGGAAGUUGCUUUCAAAAGUAUCAAAUUUGUUCAAGAAAUAACUUUUUUUUUCUUCUCAGUUUACUGUGAUUAGUUAAGUAUGUCUCCAGCUCACUCCCUACCACUCUCCUUGCUUGCCCCUCCCCACAACACCAAAAAUUUAAGAAAUUUCAAAAUUACUCUGUUUGAGAGCUAGUUCAUUGUACAUAGUUUAAAGGUGCAAAUGUAAGAAAUAGCUAUAUAUCAAAGUAGAUUAGAAAAACAAAUUGCUUCUGCAGAGCACAGGGAACUAUAUUCAUGUAGUAACCUUUAAUGAAAAAGAAUAUAAACAUGAAUAUAUGUGUAUGUAUGACUGAAACAUUAAGCUGUACACCAGAAAUUGACACAACAUUGUAACUGACUAUACUUUAAUUUUUUUAAAAAGUAAGGAAUUUCAAGGCUGAAAUGCAUCCUCUGUUGAUUGUUAGCACCACCUGCAAAGCACAUUACCCUGGUUCCUUGUGAGAAUUUUGUAACUGUCAAUAAAGCACCCAAUUGCCUCAGCA